CAAACGCGCCAUAUUCUGGCUCAGUUCAACAUUUUCGCGCAAAAUUUGUCAUUAACCGCUUUUCUUUCUUCCAGUCGAGAAAGCAUUCUUUUUCUAAAUUCAUUUUAGAACUCUUGUUUCUUCGACUUUACUACAGAAUCGUUCAAAUAAUGUCUGCAACCAUCAACAAAGAAGCUACAACCGUUUUUAGAAGAGAAACCGAUGAAAACGUGAUACCUGUAAAGCAGAGUGGUAAAAUUUUGAGUGAUAGUCAAUUAACGAACAUAAAAGCGAGUCCUACAAAAAGUCCUAUAAAAUCACCCAAAAAGGGCAGCGAAGUGGGCAAAAGAGAAGAAAGGAGGAAAUUGAAAGAGUUAGAGAAGGAGGAACCGCUACUUUCCGAUAAUCCAAACAAAUACGUCAUCUUUCCAAUCGACCCGAAUUAUGCCGAUGCUUGGACAAUGUAUAAACAAGCUGUGGCUUCCUUCUGGACAGUUGAUGAGGUCGAUCUAAGUAAGGAUUUAGAGCACUGGGCCAAUCUAUCAAACGACGAAAGGCAUUUUAUUUCGCACGUUUUAGCGUUUUUUGCCGCUAGUGAUGGUAUCGUCAAUGAGAAUUUAGUUGACAGAUUCAGCUCUGAAGUUCAAUCAACAGAGGCUCGCUGCUUUUAUGGUUUCCAAAUCGCUAUAGAGAAUAUUCACAGCGAGAUGUAUAGCAUUCUUAUCGAUACUUAUAUAAAAAGCAAAGAGGAAAAAGACUAUCUCUUUAAUGCCAUAGAAACAAUGCCUGCUGUGAAGAGAAAGGCUGAAUGGGCACUUAAAUGGAUCCACGACGAUGAAUCCUCUUAUGCUGAAAGAGUUAUUGCUUUUGCUGCCGUAGAAGGAAUUUUUUUCUCAGGUUCAUUUGCUGCUAUCUUUUGGUUGAAAAAGAAAGGUCUCAUGCCUGGUUUGACCUUCUCUAACGAGUUAAUUUCAAGAGACGAAGGCCUUCAUACGCUUUUCGCUUGUCUAAUGUUCAAAAAGCUUAUUCAUCGACCAUCUCAAGAACGAGUUUACGAAAUUGUAACUGACGCCGUUAAAAUUGAGCAAGAGUUCUUAACUGAUGCUUUACCAUGCGCUCUUAUUGGCAUGAAUAGCAAAUUGAUGAAGCAAUACAUAGAGUUUGUGGCUGAUUGGCUUCUAGAUCAAUUAGAAUGUGACAAGUAUUACAAGAGCGAAAAUCCAUUUGAUUUUAUGGAAAUGAUUUCAAUGGAAGGAAAAACUAACUUUUUUGAGAAAAGAGUAAGCGAAUAUCAGAAAAUGGGCGUCAUGAGCGGAGUUGGAAAAAAUGCCGCCGACCAAUUUGAAUUUACUUUAGAAGCCGACUUUUAA